AUGUCCGGUAGUAACAAAACCGUGCAGCUUGUCGACCCAGAGAAGUGUGAGCAGGUGGUGCAGCCAAAUAAGAUGACUUAUACGGACGCUGAUGGGGUUGAACAUGAGAUGCACUUGCCCGACGGGACUUUUGACGCUGCUGUCAAAUACAUACAGAAUCAAGCGUUUGAUAAGCCUGCAAAAUAUCCUGCAUGGGACAACCAGAUAUACACCGAAGUGGACUAUAUCAGGAAAGUAUAG